AUGUCCGACAUUAAAGAAUUAUCUUCGUCGGGUUCUGAUCAAGAGAAAAAUUAUGAUUACGAUCCAAACAACAAGGAAACAGUCCUUACCAAGCAUGCUUCUCAUGAUACAAUCUCUAUUGAAGAACAUGAUCCAAAUUUAAAUGCUGCUGAUGAAACUUAUGGAAUUCCAAAAUUUGAUGAUGAAAAAAUUAAAGAAUUUUUUGAAACUCUAAGUGAUGAACAAAUUGAAUUAUUUUUACAUCAAACUGGUCAUGGUUCAGAUUUAAAUAAUGAUGAUAAAGAUGAUUUAACUGAUGAUUUAAAAUUCAUCUUGACAAAAAUUAUUAGUAUUUCUGAUACAGAAGCUUUAGAUAUUUUCCAAACUACAUCGAAAAAUCAUCAAAGAGAUGCAAAUUUCCCCAAAUUAGAUUGGGAUUAUGUUCAAGAUGUCUUAAAUCAUAAUAUUAAUAUUAAUGAAUCACCAUAUGACCAAUUCAAAACUAAAUUAUUAGCUGUCUUAUUCCAUUAUCAUUCUCCAUAUCCAGAAGUUAGAUCUGUCACUGAUAUUUUCAAUAAUCCUGAUGAACCUGUUGAAACUAUAAGAUCUUAUACCAUUGCAAUGAUUUGGUUAAUUAUUGGUUCAGGUGUUUAUGAAUUUUUUUAUCAUAGACAACCAAAAAUUUCUUUACCACCUGCAGUUUUAUCAAUUUUAAUGUAUCCAUGUGGUAAAGCAUGGGAAUUUAUCAUACCAAAUUGGCAUAUAAAUUUCUUUGGUAAAAAAAUUCCAUUAAAUCCAGGUCCUUAUUCAUACAAGGAACAAAUGUUUGCAUCAACUAUAACAAAUGUUUCAUAUAUGGGUGUUUAUGUUACUUCAAAUAUUAUUGUUCAAAAAAAAUUUUAUGGUCAUGAUUGGGUUUCAUUUGGUUAUCAAGUUUUAUUAGCUUUAUCAACUCAAUUUAUGGGUAUUUCAUUUGCUGGUGUCUUAAGAAAAUUUGUUAUUUAUCCACAAAGAGCUGUAUGGCCAACUAUUUUACCUUCAUUAGCUUUAAAUCGUGCUUUAUUAAAACCUGAAAGAAGAGAAGUUAUUAAUGGUUGGAAAAUUUCAAAAUAUAAAUUUUUUUGGGUUGUUUUCGGUGCAAUGUUUGUUUAUUUUUGGUUACCAAAUUAUUUAUUUACUGCAUUAUCAAUUUUCAGUUGGAUGACUUGGAUUAAACCUGAUAAUUUUAAUUUAGCUGUUGUAACAGGGUUCCAAUCUGGGUUAGGUAUUAAUCCAAUCUCAACUUUUGAUUGGUCUAAUGUUAUUAAUCUUGUAAACCCAUUAGCCGUUCCAUUUUAUGCAACUGCAAAUAUGGUUAUUGGUAUGUUUAUUGGUACUUUUGCCAUCUUGGGAGUUUAUUAUUCAAAUGUUAAAUGGUCAGCUUAUUUACCACCAAAUAGUGUUUCAAUUUUUACAAAUCAAGGUGAAGAAUUUGAUGUUUCUGAAAUUAUUACAAAUGGUUUAUUAGAUCCUGUUAAAUAUCAAGAUUAUUCACCACCUUUUUAUACUGCUGGUAAUAUAGUUGUUUAUUCUGUUUUUUUUUUAUUUUAUCCAUUUGGAUUCUUAUUUAAUACUUAUAAAGAAUGGGAUACCGUUGGGUUUGCUUUAAAAUUUAUUAAAAAAGAUGUUUUUGAAUUAUUUCAUAAUUUGAAAAAUUUUAAAUCAAUCUUUUCCAAAAAUACCAGAGAAAAACGUCCAGCUGCUAUUGAAAGAUAUAAUGAUCCUCAUUCAAGAGCUUUAUCUAAAUAUAAAGAAGUUCCAGAUAGUUAUUAUUGGGCAAUUUUAUUAAUUUCAUUAAUCUUUGGUAUCUUAACUGUUAAAUUAUAUCCAAAAACUGAAACUCCAGUAUGGGGUAUUUUUUUUGCAAUUGGUAUAAAUUUUGUAUUUUUAAUUCCAUUAGCUUUACUUUAUGCAGUUACAGGUGUUCAAAUUGGUUUAAAUGUUUUAGUUGAAUUAAUUGUUGGUUAUGCCCUUCCUGGUAAUGGUGUUGCUUUAAUGACUAUUAAAGCUUUAGGUUAUAAUAUUGAUGGACAAGCUGAUAAUUUUAUUUCAUGUCAAAAAAUGGCUCAUUAUGCAAGAAUCCCAACAAGAGCUUUAUUUAGAGGUCAAAUUAUUGCAAUUUUUUUCCAAACUUUUACUGCUUUGGGUGUUGUUAAUUGGUCUUUAUCAAAUAUUAAAGAUUUUUGUUCACCACAUCAAGCUCAAAAAUUUACUUGUGUUGAAGAUCGUAUUUUUUAUUCAGCAAGUGUGCUUUGGGGUGUUAUUGGUCCUAAAAAAGUUUUCGAUGGUCUUUAUCCAACUAUGAAGUAUGCAUUCUUGAUUGGAUUUUUAUUAGCUUUAUUAUUCAUUGGAAUUAUUCAUUUUUUCCCAAAAUAUUUCCCACAAAGUUUUGAACCACAAGUUGUUAUUAAUGGUAUUUUGAAUGUUUGUCCAUAUAAUUUAUCAUAUGGUUUACCACCAUUAUAUUUUGGUUUCAUUUUCAUGUAUUAUAUCAAGAGAAGAUAUUUAGCUUGGUUUGAAAAAUAUAACUAUGUAUUAUCUUCAGCUUUAAAUGCAGGUGUUGCAUUUGGUGCUGUGAUUAUUUUCUUUGCAGUUCAAUAUCAUGCUAAAGAUGUCGUGUGGUGA